AUAUAGGAUGAAGCGGAAGCGUUUAGGCGCCAUUUCAUUGCGGAGUUACUCGGUGGUGUUUUAGUGAAAGUGCAGCGUCAACAGCGGUGGAAAAUUGGAUUGUAAUAACACUCCGCCUUCAGCCCGAUGGAAGCGGCCGUCAACCCGCCUCACGACAGUUCUCUGGUCGGGUUGUCCGGCGGUGGGAUGGACCAGCACACCAGCUCGGGCAAACGUAUUCGCAAGCCCUCCUUGCUGUAUGAGGACUUUGAGAGUCCAUCCCUGCCACACACGAUGCCCCAGGGACCUCCUGUCCCACCACAGCCCCCAGUGAAGGACCCCAGCCGACCAGGUCGUAUGACCAACCAGCUGCAGUUUCUCCAGAGGACUCUAAUGAAGUCUCUGUGGAGGCAUCACUUUGCCUGGCCUUUCCACGAGCCUGUGGACGCCUACAGGCUUAACCUACCGGAUUAUCAUAAAAUAAUCAAACAGCCCAUGGACAUGGGGACCAUCAAAAAGCGUCUGGAAAACAACUUCUACCGGAGUGCAAGUGAGUGCAUACAGGACUUCAACACAAUGUUCACCAACUGCUACAUCUACAACAAGCCAACAGAUGACAUCGUGCUGAUGGCCCAGUCCUUGGAGAAGAUCUUCCUCCAAAAGGUGGCCCAGAUGCCGCAAGAGGAAGUUGAGCUGCCUCCUCCAGCUCCCCGAAGCAAAAACAGCAGGGGAAGAGGUCGCAAAUCCGCCUCAAGGGCUCAGCAGGUGCCAGCAGUGUCCCAGUCAGCAUACUCUCCAUCUUCCUCGGACACUGGGGAGUCCAUGCUGGCCAACUCUCCCCAGACUGUGCUGACCAAAAGCCUGCCUCCGGCCAACAUCAUGGGCCUGCCUCCUACCCAGCCCACAACCAAGAAAAAAGGUGUGAAACGUAAGGCAGACACCACCACCCCCUCCACCAUGGGCUUGACUGUGGGCAUGUCAGGAGCAACGCAUAUGGUGGGCUUGGGGAAAGGAGGCCAUGGCGGCCAUGGAGGCCAAGUCCAUGACACCUCCAUGCACACCAUCUCCUCCAUGGGGGGCAUGAGCAUGGAGACCCCGCCUGGGAUGGGGCUAGUCAGGAGCCCUGGAGGCCCUGUGCUGCUUCAGCCCAUGAUGGCAGGCACUGGACGCAGAGUGGGCAGCGGACGCCCCAUCAAACCUCCCAAGAAGGACUUGCCUGAUUCUGUCCAGCCUCAACCCUCGAGGAAGAGCAAGCUAAGUCCUCAGCUGAGGUACUGUAGUGGACUGCUGAAGGAAAUGCUGUCCAAGAAACAUGCUGCGUACGCCUGGCCUUUCUACACACCUGUGGACGCAGCUGCACUGGGACUUCAUGACUAUCACGAUAUCAUUAAGUGUCCCAUGGACCUCAGCACUAUCAAGAGGAAGAUUGACUGUCGUGAAUACAGAGAUGCUCAACAGUUUGCCAGCGAUGUCAGACUCAUGUUCUCCAACUGCUACAAGUACAACCCGCCCGACCACGAUGUUGUGAGCAUGGCACGGAAGCUGCAGGAUGUGUUUGAGUUCCGUUUUGCCAAGAUGCCAGAUGAACCCCAUAUAGAUCACACAGCCAUGUCAAUGAGUGGGCAUCCGACAUCCUCGUCCUCCUCUUCUUCCUCUUCCUCGUCCUCAUCUUCCUCCACGUCUGAGAGCGAGCCCAGCAGUGAGAGCGAAGAGAGCGAGAGCAGCCCCAACUCGGACAGCGAGGAAGAGCGAGCACAUCGCUUGGCUGAGUUGCAGGACCAGGUGUGCACACAACUCCGAGCAAUGCAUGAGCAGCUGGCUGCCCUCUCCCAAGGUCCCAUCGUGAAGCCCAAGAAAAAGAAGGAGAAGAAAGACAAAAAGGAGAAGAAGAAAAAGAAGAAGCUGGAGAAACGAAGUCGGGGUGGCAGAAGUAGAGCUGGCUCUGAGGAAUGGAAAAUGCCUGGCAAGGUGCUGAAAACCAAGUCCGCCAGAGCAGGUGGCUCCCAGGCCAAGAAAGGCCAGGGAAAGAAGAGUAACAAGAACAGCAAGACCACAAAGAAGCCCUUCUAUCCCCCAGUGGCCACUUCCAUGCUUCCUCACUAUGACUCGGAGGAAGAGGAGGAGAUUGUGCCCAUGUCGUAUGACGAGAAGCGUCAGCUGAGCCUUGACAUCAACAAGUUGCCGGGGGAGAAGCUGGGUCGUGUGGUCCACAUCAUUCAGUCCCGGGAACCUUCGCUGAGGGACACCAACCCCGAGGAGAUCGAGAUUGACUUUGAAACGCUCAAGCCGUCAACACUGAAAGAGCUGGAGCGCUACGUCAUGACCUGUUUGAGGAAGAAGCCCCGUAAGCCAUACGGUGAACAAGCAGCAAAGAAAGGCAGCAUUGGCAAGUCUAAAGAGGAGCUGACUCUGGAGAAGAGGAGGGAGCUGGAGAGGAGGCUGCAAGAUGUCAGUGGGCAGCUCAAUUCUGUCAAGAAACCCACGAAACCUAAAGUGGAGAAGCCCAGCGCUGUAGAGACUCACACCCAGCCCUCACGCCUCAGCGGCAGCAGCUCCAGCUCUGACUCAUCAUCGUCGUCCUCCUCCUCCUCCUCUUCAGACACCAGUGAUUCAGACUCUGGUUGAGAUCCUUAGCGCUGGCUGAGAGAGAAAACACUAAUAACUCAGGGACUUGGGCUGGCCCAGGACACCUUACACCCUGAAACAGUAGUGGGCUGAGAUAUGAAGAGACCAUGGCAAAAGAAAAAACAAAAAAACCCACCCUCCAAGUGGAUUCCUAAAAUGUUUUGAAUGUGGGACUGAGAGAUGUGAAUCAACGUCUCUGUGAAUUGUCAUAGAACCCAAACACUAAAUGCCUUGGUUUCCCCCUUCCUCCACUUUGUAAAUACUUGUACAAAUUUAUGUUUCUUUUAUAAAGAAGAAUUUUAUGAUGAUCCCACCCCCCACCCAAAGAGGGAAGCGGAGUAAUAAAAAAAGAUGUGCAAAGAUGAGCCUUACUCCAGAUCUGCUUUGGCUGGCCUUACGCUGUGUCCUCUGUGGUGAGGAAAUGGAAAAGUGUUUAUUUAUUUGUUUUCCUUUACUCAGAUGUCCUUGAAAACAUUACUGGAAUUUGAGCGAGCAACUGUUGGUCACAAGCCUUGCUUUUCUCUAACAUCAGGCCUUCUGCCACACUUCGUUUUAGACCAACCCCGAGACUCAGCCUUAAUCAUCCAGAUUGUAAAUAUUGGAACAAUCCCAUAUUUUUAAGGAGCUCCAAGAUCCCUGCUCUGGUUCACAGGUCCGAGAGCUGUUGAGCAGGAAAUGAUAACAAGCCUGUAGUGUCUGCCGUUUUCAGGUCAAAAUUUGAAGUUGGUUUGACUUUCACUUCUGCAUCAUUUAUGUUUACAGACAUUGUUCUUGCAGCUUAAAUCUCAGUCUGUUUUACAGCCUAUAGUUUUUGUUUUUUUGAAAACAAAGUACCAGGUAGGUUUAGACGGUAGGGACGGCAUAGAAAUGACAUUACAUUACAUACAAAGUCUGAAAUUGGGUUCUCGUUCAGUUGGUAUCGGCCGCACUGUUGGAGACGCACUAGUCUUGUAACACUAGCUGUAGUAACGUGUUUAGUAUUUUGAGAUCAGUCCUCACUGUGGAGCGUUGUUCUCGACAUUCCUCGUCAUUACCUCAAACUGUAACUGAAGUGUGCAUCUGUUAGCUUAAGAGCUGAACGCAGGCUGCUGAACGUCAUGUGACGCAGUGCAGGUUUCUGAUUUCCACAUAAAUCUUCUUAACGCGUGAGGUAUUGCACUUGAAAACGCCGUGAAGGUUUUUUUUUUUUUUUUUUAAAGAAAUCUUUUGGCUGCUCGGCACUUAGUAGAACAAUUGGUGUUGGACUGAAUUAUAAAUAAAGCUAAUCUUAAAAUACAAAGAGACCAGAAAAUCCUCAUAGUCCAUGCAUAGCUAAAGCUGUUGUUGAAUGUUCAGUGGAAGAAUAUAUGCUUGUAUAUGCUCAAACUGUAUUUGCUGUUGCACAAACUAUUGAAUCUCUGCUGUUCAGUCUUUUAUUUGUUCAGUUGUCCCCUUUCCUGUUUUUUACCUGCUGUUGUUUCUCAUUCCACUUAACUGUCUUAGUUGUUUCUGAAGAGCGUUCAUGUGAGCAUUGCUGCCUCUGGUCGAGCAGGUUGUUGCUUCUCAGAAGCGUACCUUUCCUUUGGCGAGUGUGUUUAUUAAAAUAUUCUCUUCUGUAGAAA